UCCAACUACCAACAAUACAGACACGAGCAAUGGUCUAGCGAAAGCAGGUCCGCUUGCGUCCGUACACUCGCUUAUGUCGUCAUAACAGGAAGACACUCAGUUGUCUCCUAAGGCAAAAGCGCUGUACAGCUAUACGGCCACAAAGGCACAUCGAAAAACACGAAUAAACUAUCGAGAAAACGAGCUAUGUUGUUGCAGGCCACCAGCAAGGAACUUUGCCUUACUGGGAGCGGUAAGACAAAGCGGUUAACCAGCACCAAACCAUCAGCUGCUUUGGGAACCGAAGGACUCCUCACUUGGUUUCGUGAAGAAUGGUUAGCACUUAGCGAAGUUUCGCCAGAGUACCAUAAUAGACAUUUGCCUGCCUUGUCAACAACCUCUUGGAUUGAUGAGAAGACCACAAGUGAUGCCCGUUGGUUUACUGGACCCUUGCCUGAAGAAAUUGCAGAAAGGGUUGAUACACGUUGGCAGGCAUCCAACGGGACAAAUCAAUCUUCCUCUAAACCGCUCUGUGUUGAAAGGCCUGGUAGAAUGGAUGAAGAUCAGAAAAAGCUAAACUGGGUUUGAAUUCUGAAGAUCAAGGGUACGAGAAGAAGGCAA